AGUGGGGGAAAGUACGGCGUUGUCACAAAAAACCCUGCUACUUUCAUUUUCGCUCUUUAUGCUGAGUAACUCUGAACACUUUCCGUGUUCUGCACGGCGUCGAGUUUCACAGUGAAAAACGCGUAUUUACCCUUUUCUCAAUCGCUUUUGCCAAAGCUUAAUCAUUCUUUUAUAAGUUUAUUAAAAUAAGUUUUCAUCUGCAGAGCGGACAUGGCUUCUCCGGGUAUUCAACUCGAGUCGAAGAAACAGGUGGAUGACUUCUGUCAAAACCUUUCCAAGGAGGCAGAGCAGCUGCUGUCCAAUUUUUUUCCUGAGAAGAUUGAACAGCUGCAGAUGCUCCUGAAGACAUCUUUCAGCUGCGAUGACCUAGCUUCCCUGAAGGCGCCACUGGACAUCCCAAUCCCAGACCUGGCCAAAGAGGAGGCCAAGCGCAAGAAGAAGGAGGAGAAAGAGGCGAAGGAAGGGAAGAAGGACAAAGACGGCGAUAAAGAGGAGGAGGAUUCAGGGCCUCCUUGUGGUCCCAUCUGCAGCAACGAGAGAGUGGAGAGUCUCUUGAAUGAGGUCAAACCUGAGAUCCAGACUCUGAAGGAGAAGCUCAACACGGUGUCAAUGUGGGUGCAGUUGCAGAUCCCCAGGAUUGAAGAUGGCAACAACUUUGGAGUGGCCGUACAGGAGAAAGUAUUUGAGCUGCUGACCAACACGCGCACCAAGAUCGAAGCAUUCCAGACUCAGAUUUCAAAGUAUUACAGUGAGCGAGGCGACGGUGUGGCCAAGGCCUCCAAGCAACCCCAUGUGGGAGACUACAGACAGCUGGUUCACGAGCUGGACCAGUAUCAGUACAGAGAGCUUCGCCUGGUGGUCUUGGACAUCCGCAACACAUACGCGGUGCUGUUUGACAUCAUUAACAAGAACUACGACAAGAUUAAGAAGCCCAGAGGAGAUGGGAAAGCUCUCAUCUACUGAGAUACUGAGACCAGCUUUGUUUUUUUCUUGGUCUUUUUUUUAUUUUUAUUUUUUUUUAGACAAGCUACUGCUACUUUUCUGUGACACUGAUUGAAUUCCAAAACACACACGUCCUGGCAGAGAAUGACGUUCUCCCAGAGCGCUGCAUGCAUGUUGUUUCAGAUGACAAAAAAAUAAAACAGGAUUCUUACGAG